UUGUGUCAGAAGUACAUUAGUGUUCCUGUCUUGGUGUCAGUCCACUGGUCAGUCAUGUGUAAUCAGUAGCACAGAGGAAGAAGUACUGUGAGGACUAAAGACAGACUGUAGAUUGUCUCUGUUCUACCUGUAAUAACUGAACUUGUAUCUGAUGUGUUUCUGUCUCCUCUCACAGGAUGAAGAUGAUCUGCAGCAUCCUGCUGCUCCUCAGUCUGACCUCCUGUGUCUCUGGAGCAUUUGUAGUGAAUGUGACACAGACCUCCUAUCAGGCAGAGAAGAACCACAACAUCACACUGGAGUGGAUGUUCACAACCAGAACCGGCAGUUCCUCCAACUCACUUUUUAUCCUCUGUCGACUAUUAGCUGAGCUCAAAGCCUCAGUCCUGUUUCAUCUCCUUGAAGGUGUUGAGGUCCCAGAGUCUCAGGAUGAACAGUUUACAGGACGAGUCAGGUGGGACAAAGACGUCCUCAGAGACGGACGAAUCAGACUUCACAUGUCCAGACUCAGGAUUGAUGACUCUGGUUGGUACAUGUGUGAAGUGCAGACAGGUGAUAGUAGGGGCUCUAAGAUAUGUCACCUCGAUGUCACAGGAGCAUUUGUAGUGAAUGUGACACAGACCUCCUAUCAGGCAGAGCAGAACCACAACAUCACACUGGAGUGGAUGUUCACAACCAGAACCAGCAGUUCCCCCAAAUCACUUAAUAUCCUCUGUUACCUGUCAGCUGAUCUCAGACACUUAGUCCUGUUUCAUCUCCAUGAAGGUGUUGAGGUCCCAGAGUCUCAGGAUGAACAGUUUACAGGACGAGUCCGGUGGGACAAAGACGUCCUCAGAGACGGACGAAUCAGACUUCACAUGUCCAGACUCAGGAUUGAUGACUCUGGUUGGUACCAGUGUGACGUGCUCACAGGUGAUGGUAGUGGCUCUAGGAUAUGUCGCCUCAAUGUCACAGCAGCUGCUGAUGAGCCCAAACCUCCGAGACCAACAAGGAGACCACAACCAGAGAGUCUGGGAUGGAUCGUCCUCUCCGUUGGACUGGGACUAAAAGCUCUACUGGUUCUCUGUGCUGGACUCUACUUUGGUAAAAAAGGAAACAACUAUAGAGCUGUACAGAUGAUGAGUUUCUUGAAGAAACAACCCAUCAUGACUAACCAUGUACAACCUCCAGUGCUGAGAUAAGGUCGUGUCUAGAGGGUCAAAAAAGUCAAAAAAUGUUCAAAAAAUGUUCCAAAAUGUCCGAAAGAAAGUCUGAAAAAAGU